AUGGAUAACAAAGACGACAUGAUCAACCUGGAGGACAUCCAGGUGUCCCCAAGAGGUGAAGAUCCAGGGGAGGAAGAAGCAAAGAUAGCAGACGUUGAAGCUCCUGCUCCUAAAUGCAACACAAUUGAAGUCAGCCUGCUCUUGAAUAACGCUUCGAAAGAAAAUAACCGGCUAAGCCUGCUCCUAAAUGCAACACAAUUGAACUUCAGCCUGCUCUUGAAUAACGCUUCGAAAGAAAAUAACCGACUAAGCCUGCUCCUAAAUGCAACACAAUUGAAGUCCAGCCUGCUCUUGAACAACGCUUCGAAAGAAAAUAACCGACUAAGCCUGCUCCUAAAUGCAACACAAUUGAAGUCCAGCCUGCUCUUAAAUAACAGUGUGAAAGAAAAUAACCGGCUAAGCCUGCUCUUAAAUGCAACACAAUUGAACUUCAGCCUGCUCUUGAAUAACGCUUCAAAAGAAAAUAACCGGCUAAGCCUGCUCCUAAAUGCAACACAAUUGAAGUCCAGCCUGCUCUUGAAUAACGCUUCAAAAGAAAAUAACCGGCUAAGCCUGCUCCUAAAUGCAACACAAUUGAACUUCAGCCUGCUCUUGAAUAAUAGUGUGAAAGAAAAUAACCGGCUAAGCCUGCUCCUAAAUGCAACACAAUUAAACUUCAUCCUGCUCUUGAAUAACGCUUCAAAAGAAAAUAACCGGCUAAGCCUUUUCUUAAAGAGCACAUUGCAAGAAAAAAAAGAUUUGCAACUGAAGAACAAAGAACUGGACACAUUUCUAAAUAAAACCCUGAAAAGCUUUAACGUUGUGAGUGAGGAGAAUAGUUUGCUGAACCUGCAUUGGAACAAGUCAUUGAACACAAUAGAAAUAUUGACUGCAGACAGCCAACAGUUGCGCCAGGUGUUAAACUAUGAAAAACAAACAACCACACAGCUGGAAACAGAAAAUCGUCUCCAAAAGUCAAUCCUGUUUUCGAACAGACUGUCCUUCCUCUGGAAACUCUGCGACAAGGACACACUGAAGUGUUCCCGUUGCCUUCCUGGCUGGGCUGAGCAUGCCUCACGGUGCUACAUCCUUCCAAAAGGCCAAGAAAAGUGGGAAAAGGCUCGCAGGAAUUGUAUUGAUGAUGGGGGAGACUUGGCAGUGGUUUUAAAUGCAGAUGACCAGGCCUUUCUGACCAACAUGACAUUUCAGUUUGUUCACCAGCACCCUGAAGAACGCUUCCUUUCAGCGUGGAUCGGGUUGGAGGACAUGGUGAAGGAGGGCGUCCAUCUUUGGGUCGAUGGCAAUAAGGUCACAUGGAGGGUCAUUUAUUGGAAGAAGGAUGAGCCAAACAAUGCCAUGGCCUCCUGGGACAGAGACAGAGCAGGACAAGACUGUGUGGCGAUUGUCCCGCCAAAAGUAAUCGGGGAAAAACAUUGGUUGAACUCCUGGGACGACAUUGUUUGUGGUGGAAAAAGACACUACCUUUGUGAGGCCACUGCUCUCAGUUUGUCCUGAAAGUUGUCUGCGAUCAGUACAGGCCAUUGCCUGUUGUAUUUGAUACUCACUCAAAACCUUCAAGUGCCAUAACCAGAACGCUAUGGGCCUUAUGGAACAUCAUGCUGCUGUUCGGAAAGAAGAAACUGGAAAAAUGUUCACCGUGGCUUUUCAACCACUCUGAAACUCAAAAACCUUCUUCAGACAAUGUGCUUUCAUUCAGUUUGAACGUUUAGCUUGUGUUUACCACUGCUUGCUGUCAUCAAAUCCCAUGAAAACACUUCAACCCACAAUGACUUGA